AUGCCGAAGCGAAAUGUAGCAUUCAUCAAACCGGACGAGCCCGAUUUUCUUAAACGAAUGAAGGCACAAAUCGGCUACCGGGAAGGUCCAUCGAUCGACGAUAAGCGUGAAGCGAUUGAAAACUUUGAUUCGGACUCGGACGACGAGGAAAAUGAAGACGAAAAGCCGCAAGUGGUUGUGGUAAAGGAGGGCGAUCUUACGGAAGCGGAAGCUGCACAAGCUUUCAAGGAGGAGAGUGAAAAACCUGCUGAUUUGAACCAAAAAAUUGUGUUCAAAGCGAGAAAAGCCAAAUCGGACAAGCCGGAGGAAAAGCCAAAACCGAAGCCGGAAGAAAAGAAGGCGAAAAAGGCAAAACAAAAGCAGGAAAAGAGCAAACUUUCCUUCAACGACGAGGAAGACGAGGAAGAGUACUAG